AUGUCUUAUGAUUACUUUGGAUUCUCCUAUGUAAGGAGCAAUGCAAAAGACAGCAGAUCUACUGCGGCCCUCAACAAUCCAGCAGAUAUAUCUGUCAUUGUGAUCUAUUUUGUGGUGGUCUUGGCUGUUGGAAUAUGGGCUAUGGUUCGCACCAACAGAGCCACAGUUGGUGGCUUCUUUCUUGCAGGGAGGAGUAUGGUCUGGUGGCCGAUCGGAGCGUCACUCUUUGCCAGCAACAUUGGUAGUGGCCACUUUGUAGGAAUCGCUGGUACAGCUGCAGCAGCUGGAAUAGCUAUUGGUGGAUUCGAGUGGAAUGCUCUUAUUGUGGUUGUCAUUCUAGGAUGGCUCUUUGUACCCAUCUACAUAAAAGCUGGGGUGGUCACUAUGCCCGAGUACCUGAAGAAAAGAUUUGGAGGGCAGCGUAUUCGCAUCUACCUCUCUGUGCUCUCACUCUUCCUGUAUGUUUUCACCAAGAUCUCAGCAGAUAUGUUUUCUGGUGCCAUAUUUAUCAACCAGGCACUUGGGCUGAAUAUCUACGUCGCUGUUAUUGCACUGCUGUUGAUAACUGCACUGUACACCGUCACAGGUGGAUUAGCUGCAGUGAUCUACACAGACACCUUACAGACCAUCAUCAUGAUUGUUGGAUCAUUCAUCCUUAUGGGCUUUGCUUUCCAUGAGGUGGGAGGCUACGAAAACUUCCAGGAACUCUACAUGAAAGCCAUCCCCUCCAUCACGGGUAACGCCAGCGCGAGCUGCUACGAGCCUCGAGCUGAUUCCUUCCAUAUUUUCCGGGAUGCGAUUACAGGAGACCUGCCAUGGCCUGGUUUGGUGUUUGGACUCACCAUUCAGGCCACGUGGUACUGGUGCACUGAUCAGGUCAUUGUGCAGCGCUGCCUCUCUGCUAAGAAUUUAUCUCACGUUAAAGGUGGUUGUAUCUUGUGUGGCUACCUGAAACUGCUGCCAAUGUUUCUCAUGGUUUUCCCUGGCAUGAUCAGCAGGAUCCUCUAUGCUGAUGUAGUGGCAUGUGUGGAUCCAGCUGAAUGUGAUUAUUACUGUGGGGCCAGUGUGGGCUGCACCAACAUUGCUUAUCCCAAACUGGUGGUGGACCUUAUGCCUAAUGGUCUACGUGGUCUUAUGCUGUCUGUGAUGCUGGCCUCCCUCAUGAGUUCCCUUACCUCCAUUUUCAACAGUGCUAGUACACUCUUCACCAUGGAUAUCUACACUAAGAUCCGUCGCUCUGCAAGUGAGAGGGAACUCAUGAUUGCCGGCCGAGUGUUUAUCUUGGUCCUGAUUGGUGUGAGCAUAGCGUGGAUCCCUGUGGUGCAGUCAGCCCAGAGCGGUCAGCUCUUUGACUAUAUCCAGUCCAUCACCAGCUACCUGACACCACCUGUGGCUGCCGUCUUCAUGCUCGCCAUCUUCUGCAAACGUGUGAAUGAGUCUGGUGCGUUUUAUGGCCUCAUGAUCGGGUUAGCCAUCGGUUUGUCCAGGAUGAUCGCUGAGUUCGCCUUCGGCACAGGCAGCUGUGUGGCCCCCAGUAACUGUCCUACUAUCAUAUGUGGAGUUCACUAUCUCUACUUCUCUAUCAUCCUGUUCGUCAUCUCCUGCAUCGUCAUCAUAGGAAUCUCUCUCAUGACCAAACCCAUCGAUGACAAGCAUUUGUAUCGGCUGUGCUGGAGCCUGAGAAACUCCGAAGAGAAGAGGUUUGACCUCGAAGAUGAUGACUGGAAUGAAAAUCGAGAGUCCAGUGAAAUGGAAAUAGAUGAAUCUGGUGAGGAGCCGGGCCUGUGUAAGAAGGCUCUGAUGUGUUUCUGUGGUUUGGAGCAGAAAAACAACGCCCCUCAGCUGAGUGCAGAGGAGCAGGCAGAGCUGCAGAGGAAGCUCACAGACACCACUGAGACACCUCUGUGGAGAAACGUCGUCAACGCCAAUGCCAUCAUCCUUCUGUGUGUGGCUGUUUUCUUCCAUGGUUUUUAUGGCUGAAUGUGUCGGCCAACUCCAGCUGGUCCUGGAUAUUGUGUAUUUAAGUGACAGCGUUUUAUAUGAAUGUAAUUAAUAACCACAUGAACAUACCCAUAAGUCACAGCAUUAGAUGCGACCCAUGCACACCUUUCUACUCGAUAACUUUACAUCUCAGUGUAGUUUAUGGUGACUGAACUCCUUCAUACAUUCUUCACAUCUCUGUCUCAGGGCUACUGUUAUACUCAAAACAAUAUGUAUUUUUUUCAUUUAGGAUAAAGGGGAUAUGCUUGUUAUUUUCUGUCGUAUACAGGAUAAUGUUUGAUGCUUAAUGUCCAUUUUGCACGUUUCAGACUGUGAGAUGAACUUAUGUAAAAGUAAUCCCUGCAGGUCUAAACUUCAGACGCAGGAUGCUUCAUUAGACAUGUUUACUUGUCUACUUAAGAGGAAACAUCACUACAAAUACUUAAACCACUGUAAGCAACACCUUAUAUUAAGGUACAAAUAUCCACCAAUAACUAGUUGCAUGUAUUAGUUGCCUAUUUUCAUUUUAUGAGUCAUUACAAAACACUCAUUAAUGCCUUAUUUUGCAUGACCACAUUCUAGAACUAGAAGGUCAUUAAUUAGCAGUUUUCCCCCAAUAAUCUCCAAACUUCUGCUUCUAGAUAUCAAGUGUAGUGGUUAUUUUAUCGAUUAAAAAUCCACCGAGAGGAGGCCAUUGUGGCAUAAGAGUAUGCAUGUGUUAAAUAAGUGCUCUGUUUAGUCCAUUUAUGUCUUGAUCUUCAUCAAUAUUACAAAUAUACUCACUAAUAUAAUGAAAUGUCCCAUUUACAUCCAAAUGUCCACAUCGUAGCUGCUUUAAAUGUGUUUAUUUAGUGAAACAAAGGCUGCUACACUCAGUAUGGGCUUUAAAACUGACACAAGAUUAUAAUUUAUGUUGUACAACUUUCCUACUUAGUAUCAAUAAGUAGUAACAGAGAGGUUACUGAGAGAAAAGGGUUUUUUGAAGAAUAAAACAUUAAUAGGUGUUCUAUGAUGACUAAUACAUGACUAUUUAAUGGUGAAUAUGUCCACCUUAAUGGAAAUUAUUAUCCUAUUUUCUAUUCCAGUCAUUGCAUGUGUAUUAAAUACCUAAAUGUUAUUGACUUUGGUUGGCAUUUUAGUAUGUUUUGACAUACACAUGGAUACACAUGGUUUAUUACUAAUCGGCAAAAGUCCAAUGUAGUGCCCCACAAUAGCAGGAAAAGGUUGACAUAUUUACUGAACAGACACAUCCUGCUGUAAUUCUUCUGAGCUUGCUCAUGAUGGUCAUUCUCAUGUUGUGGAAAAUGUCCUGUUUUCCUGGUAUUUUGACACCAGGAGUGAAUGUGUUAACCAUACUGUAAUUUAUUAACACGAUUUACUGUUCACUACUGUUUAGAAAUAUUCACAUUCCUGUACUGUGUAAUUGCUCUGACCACCAUCAGUGCGGUUCAUCCAGUGUUAACUGUGAGUUUACUGCCUUGUCUCUGUCUUUUGUUUGACUCCAGCUCUUCAAAUAAAAUGUGCACACACACAUCUCAACAAACACUUCUGUAAAUCACAAUAUUUAUAUUAUUAGAAGUAAAUUAUAGAAAAGUGGAAGAUAAUGAUGUGUUCGAUUAACCAAGUCAUCACUGCCCCUGAAAACUUCAAGUUUACAUGUAAGUAAAAGUGAACUGAAAUUGAUUUAUUUUUAACAUCAGUGUGUUAAUUUAAGAUGCUUUCUCAAGUCAGAAAAAUCUACAUCUCCUGAUAAACAAGCUAAUAAAUA